AUGAGUCUUUUUGAUGAUUUGCCUGAACCUUCCGUAGACAGUGACGAAUCAAACAAGUUAGAACAAUCAGAUGACACACCUUCAGCUAGUGGAAUUAAAUCUGGAUCAUGUGUGGAACUUUUUCCUCUUAUAUAUUCAGUUAUCGCCAGAAAAGGGGAAAGGCCAGAAAUGCAGGAUGCUCAUAUACUGAUGGACGACUUGAUGCAGCUCAUGUGCCGAGGAGUCUCAAGUGAAAUUGGAAGAGUGGGGUACUUUGGUGUUUUUGAUGGACAUGGAGGAUCGAGAGCAUCUAAUUUUGCAUGUAAACGCUUGCAUCAGCAUAUCGCUGCACGUUUUCCUCGUGGUGGGAUACAACAAGUAGAAAAGGAUAUAAAGCGUGUGUUAUACGAUUCGUAUAAGAAAACAGAUGAAGAGUUUUUAAGAGAGGCGUGUCAGCAGCGCCCUCAUUGGAGAGAUGGUAGUACAGCGGCAACUGUUUUAUUAGUGAAUAAUACACUUUACAUUGCAAAUCUAGGUGACUCAAAGGUGGUUUUAGCUAGAUUUGUUGAAACACCUUCACCAUCUGAAUCCAAUCAUUCUAAUGGUAGUGUAAAUAACACUGAUAAAUGUCCUGUGAAAAACACAAAAUUGAGUGCAAUUUGUUUAACAAAAGAUCAUAAUCCUAUGGAUUAUGAAGAACGUCAGCGUAUACAAGCUACUGGAGCCUCCGUUCAAAAUGGUCGUGUAAACAGUAUUUUAGAAGUCAGUCGAUCAUUUGGUGACUAUCAGUUUAAAAAACAAGGUGUCACGUGUAUCCCAGAUGUAAGAAAAUGUCAGCUAACUAACGAUGAUCAAUUUCUAUUGAUAGCUUGUGAUGGUCUUUGGAAAAGCUUUCCACCAAAUGAAGCUGUCUGUCUUACUCAUCAACUUUUAAUGAAGGAAAUUGAAAAUUAUAAAAAAGAACAUUUGAAUUCACAAAAUGGUCAGUCUACCCUGAAAUUAUCUGAAAUUUUAUCACAACGUCAUUUGGAUUCAGUGUGUACACAUUUGGUUAAUGAAGCUGUACUUCGUAUGUCUGGGGACAAUGUAACUUGUAUCUUAUUAGUUUUUCCAACGAUAUUUAUUGAAAAAAAUUCUCCCAAUGAUGAUCAUUCUAAAAUUUCAUCUGCCUCUAAUAACGAUGAUAAUAAUAAUAAGGAUGAUGAUGAUACGGCUUCAGAACCAAGUUCAAAAUUACCUCGUAUUGAAAAGUGA